UUUUGUACAUACAAAAGGCCAACAUGUUACGGCCAAAUCAUUCCGCUUCACGAAAAGUGAGACCAUCUAAAUACCUAAACAUACUAUAAUUCAGUUGUUAAUUUUAUUUAAAGAAAGUUAGUUGUAAAAUGAUGUUAAUACAUGUACAACAAUAUUAAUAAAAAUAUACAUAUCUUAAAGAAUUAAUCCCUUAUUAUAGAAGUCCAAAGAUAAUAAAACUCUUUGAUCACAAAGAGCCCAAAGAUAAGGAGAGAAAGAGAGAGUGACACUUCACCACACCAUCUCCUCUCUCUCUUCUUCUUCUUCUUUCUCUGCUUCUGCAACACAAAAACACCAUUGAGAAUCAAAUCAAAAUGGGAUCAAUGCCAAACCCUAAUCCAUGGUCACCAUACGAUUCCUCCUACAACGAUUGCUCUCAAGGAAUCUGCAACAUCUACUGUCCUCAAUGGUGUUACCUAAUCUUCCCUCCUCCUCCUCCUUCUUUCUUCCUCGACGACGACUCUUCCUCCUCCUCCUCCAGUUUCUCUCCUCUCCUCAUCGCUCUCAUCGGAAUCUUAACCAGUGCCUUCAUCCUCGUCAGCUACUACACUCUCAUCUCAAAGUACUGUCAUCGCCACCACCAAACCUCCUCUUCAGAGACUCUUAACCAUAACAGUGACGGUUUCUUCUCCUCCACGCAAAGAAUCUCUACGACUGGAGAUGGACUCAACGACUCUAUGAUUAAAUCAAUCACAGUUUAUAAAUACAAGAAAGGAGAUGGAUUCGUCGAUGGUUCUGAUUGCUCUGUUUGUUUGAGUGAAUUUGAAGAAAACGAGAGUUUGAGAUUGUUGCCGAAAUGUAAUCACGCGUUUCAUCUUCCUUGUAUUGAUACUUGGUUGAAAUCUCACUCUAAUUGUCCACUUUGCCGCGCUUUUGUCACCGGAGUUAAUAAUCCCACCGCCGCCGUCGGCGAGGCUGGUUCAGUUGUUGUAGCUAACCGAUCGAGUUCCGUUCAUCAAACCGGUUCGGUAUCCGAAAUCAAUAUGAAUUUGGCCGGUUACCAACACCAAACCGGUGAUUUUGAUUCAGUCGUUGUAAUUGAAGAUCUGGAAAUUGGUUCUCCGAAUAGUGACGGUAGAUCGGAAUUACUACCAGUGGAGGAGCGGCGGGACACUAAGGAUGAAGAUUCGCUGCCGAUUCGGAGAUCUGUAUCGUUGAACUCAGGUGUAGUGGGUGUUUCGAUUGCUGAUGUAUUGCGAGAGAUCGAAGACGAAGAAGAAGAAGAAUCCGGCGGUGUUGGAACUUCGCAGCGGCGAGAGGAAGGGGAAGAUGGCGGUGGGAAGACGCUUCCACCGACGGAGGCGAAUCAGAGAAGCGGCGGAGUGUCGAAUUUUCUGGUACGGAGUUUAUCGACGGGAAGAUUUAUUUUCUCGAGCUAAGCUUAAUGCUCGAAGAUCAAGGGAUAAUUAAAUGUGAACAUGUUGACCGAAUUCAUAUAUAGUCCAAAAAGAACAUGGUGACAGAAGAAAAGUUUGGAGCUAGAUCAGAAAAGGAAUCUUUUAUGCAUGCUAAGAAAAGUCUAAGAUUUUAGCAUCCCUCUAAAUAAUGAUCAUUGAGUUUCGAAUGGAGCAGAAGAAAGAACGAAGACCAUUGUGUACAGGUAUGGACCCAAUUCUGAUCAAAAUUAACCACUAGCUCGUAAGGAGCUUUUUCUUUUAAAAAUCUUACUGAUCCUUUUUGGGUUAUGAAUAUGUCUGAAAUAAUCUCUCUCGCAUAAACAGAGAUAAUUUAUCACACAACGUUUAAAAACAAGAAAAUCACACAAGAACAAAAAAAUCAUGAAUCUGAUUUUGUGGCUUGUAAUCUACUAUCCAAGUUGUAGAAUUUUGUUGCGUUUUGAGUGUUUAACGUUUUUGCGAGCGUUCUUCUAGAUUUUUGUUGUGUGUGAACUGCAUUUGUUUGUGUUUCUCUGACUUUGUCAAAGAAUGAAAGAACUGAUGCAAUGCUGAAA